AGUUCAACCAAGGUUACGUAGAUAACAGGUCGUUGUGUUGGGAAAAUAUUUCAGUGAAAGUUACAAUAUUCACCGGAGUUAUCAUUAAAAUCUAAGCAGAAUGUAUUAAGUUUAAUUUUCAAAAGCGGUACACGAUGUCUGAGGAUGGAACAAAUAUUUCAUCUGGAAGUAUUCUUGAACAAAAUUGUCGGGAAAACUGGCCAAGGUGGACUUGUUUGUUCGCAAAUAUUUGUGGAUUAUGUAGCACAGCUCUCUGGUUUAUCGUACUUCUUCCGCAAGUAUGGAAGAACUUCCACAGAAAAUCAGUGAAAGGACUGAGUGUAUUGUGGGCAACAGCGAAUUUUACGGCAUCUCUCAUUAAUUUGUUUUUCGUGUUUAUUUAUGUAUCUAUACCAUUAUACGGACAAAUAAGCUCCAUUUACUGCCCUAUAUUAGAGUUCACACUGCUGAUUCAGUUUUGGAUUUAUGGAAGAUACAAGAAAGUUGAGAAGAUAGUGUAUGCUACAGCCUGUUUCAUUCUAUGGGGGAUCAUAAUAGGUGUUGAGCUGAUUUUCACGCUAGAAAACUUUGUUGAAUAUGCCGCCAUCUUCCUAUGGUGCAUUGAAACAUUUCCACAAAUCAUACUUAACAUGCGACUUGAGUCGACCAGCGGACAGUCGACGGGUUCGGUGCUCAUAGCUAUGAUUGGCAAGACGACCGACUUCAUAUCCAACAACAGUCUCGUGAUGCCCCUCCAGUACGUUAUUAUGGUCUAUUUCUCCAGUAGUGUGGCCUAUAUAAACGGUCUUCAGGUCGCGUGGUACUAUGGUAACGAUGACUUCCGGCAAGGUGAAGGUCACGAUCAGUUCUGGAACCCGGAAAAUUCCGGUCACGGGGAACAUAAUUAUAAUUUUCACCAGUCUGUGGAGUCAGUAGAAGGUGGACAUAACAAAUGGAACAACAGUUCUAUAAAAACGGGAUCUACAUCAGAAACGGCAAAUAAGCAGUCUAGCUACUCGGCCUUAGAACAGCCAAAUAAACAAACAGCCGUUGUGUUUACCAUUCGAUGGCUAUGUAUUUUGACGCUCAGUGUACUUCUUACAGGAUGUGUUGCAGGUUUUGCUUGGAACAUAGAUUCCUAUUACGGAUUAUUUGCCCCUGUUUCGAUUGCGUGUGUUAUUGGUGCUGCAAAGUUAUAUUUUAGUUUCUGUACGACCUCAAAGUACACUCCACAAGUAAUUACAUGACAUAGAGUGGAUGACCUAUCAAAUACAAUGACUAAAAUGUUGAUAAAUAACCUAAUAACUUAACGUUAUUCUCUUCCUGGUUUAAGUUAACUUUAUCUUACAAACCUUGAGUAACAAAGACAUAUUUAUCAGCAUAUCAAAAGAUAUUUCACAAAAUUUAGAUAAGGAAGUGCAAAUACUAAAGUCCAGUUUCGACUGCGGUGUAUUUCGAUGAGUUUUGAUUAGUAAUGCGCUUUUUGCUGAAAUUUAGCCUACAUGUCAGUUAAUUUUCACAACUUAACUGAACGUUGUAUAAAUGACGCCCAACUUUUAAAACGACCUUCCAGCCAGGAAAUAAUUAUUACAUACUGUAAAAUCAUUAAUAUUCGUGGGGGACUAAUUUUCGUGGAUUUCGUGGUUGAGUCAAUCCACUAAAUUUAAUCCCAACGAACAAGUAAAAUCCCCAUUCACUUUAUGUUCAAAAGUUGUAAUCCACGAAUUCAUAUCCCGACGAAAUUGCCGUUUUAACCAAACCGCGAAAAUUCAUGCCCACGAAAUUAAAUGAUUUCACAGUAGUUCUGCAUUGUAAAACAACAUAGCACCAUUAUGGCAUUGCCAAUGUUCCAAAAUCUUACUUGACCACAGCCUUUUGAAGAUCAAGGUAUUGGCAAAGUUUCACAAUCGUUCCUGUCGUUUGCUCUAAAUUUUAGGUGAGGAAAUGAAAUCCUGAUUUAUUUCAGUUUUAGACAUAAUAUUAUAUUUGGAACAUUGGCAAUUCAUUAAUCUGCAAAAGACUUUGGUCAAGGACGAUUUUGGAACAUUGGCAAUUCAUUGAUCUGCAAGUAUUUGAAAUAAUUAUUCAACUUCUUAAUUACAUUUAAGGGAGAGUUGAGUUAUGAACAUGUUAGGUAAAUAUAGGUCUAGGAAAUAAAAAAAAGUUUGUAUCAAAUAUUCCCUUACAAUAUUUUUCGAACAUCUCUGCAUCAGUUAAAUAAAUGAAAAGUGAAGUUAUUUGCUAUUUAACGACAUGAUAGUUUUAAUUGAGGCUGUUCAUGACAGGAAAUAAAAUAUGCAAUACAUCAGACGCCCUCUAGCAUCGGCUUAGCGGAAUUUUGUAAUAGUGAAAAUAAAUGGACUCCAUGACCCCAAAGGUUAAAAAAAUAUAACUACCUUCAGUCCACGCAUAGCGGAUUUCUUUUGAAGUGAAAUUGAAUAGACGCAAUUAUCCCAACAGACCAGAUAAUAUAACAACUUAUGUUUCAUUCUAAGCAUAAAUCUAGUACUUGUGGCAAGAUAAAUAUGUUUGACGAAUAUAUUCGAAAUUGCAUGCAUGUUUAUGUAAGUUUUAUCUUUGUAUAUACUACGCCCUGCUAAUUUUUUUCUUUCUCUUAUCAAACCGGAGUGAGCAAGUCCACGUAUGAGCACAUUUUACGUAAAUGUAUAUUAAAUAUGCAUCUAUAUUUUGUGCAUGUGUACGGGGCUUAGAAACGAAAUUGCGAGACGCAGAUAAAAGAUCAUCAGGAGUUAUUUUUUUAAUGAGUAUAAAAUUUGAAAUUUCAAGUCAAAGUUUAGAAUAUUAAAACAUUUCUUUUCUUUUCCGUCAUAAUAUUGCAUUAGCUGUUAUUCUACUGCGGAUUUUGGCUAGGUCACAAAAUAGGCGUAAUAAAAAUGUUUUAGUCAGUAAUUUUGAGUAGGAAUCUCCCCUUAAUUUCUUGAAUACCUGAAUGAUUUGCUGAUCAGGUCAGAGAGAAAGCCACAUUUAAGCCGCACCAUGAGAAAACCAAAAUAGUGCAUUUGCGACCAGCAUGGGUCCAGACCAGCCUGUGCAUCCGCACAGUCUGGUCUGGAUCCAUGCUGUUCGCUAACGAUUUCUCUAAUUGUAAUAGGAUUUGAAAGCGAAUAGCAUGGAUGCGCAGGUUGGUCUGGAUCAUGUUGGUCGCAAAUGCACUAUGUUGGUUUUCACAUGGUGCGGCUCAUUUAUUGUAUUUCACUGACAUGAGACUUUCGGACCGUAGUCUAGAAGGUACGAUCGCUGACUCCGAAUCACUUGCGUUCACCGCCCGCUGUAGGGUUUAGCCUCACAAGGGCUUGAUUUAUUUGUGCGAUGAAUCCAUCUAGCUGUAUUUCAUAAGAAAGCGGAACCGGGCCUAGAAUAAUGCCAAGAGAGACCUCUAGGCUCAUCUUCCAUCAAUAAAGCUGCAAAGUCGCAAUAUGACCUAUGGCUGUCAAUUUGAGUUAAAACUUACAAAACUUUGAUGAAUGAAAACAAAAAUCUACAUUACUAUUCAUUUAUGCCAAUCAAUUUUGAUACAUCUCUGUAUCGCAAGUACAUUUUCAAUACAUCCAAAUAUGUCAAAUAUACAGACAAUGUAUUGGGGCCUAGGCAUACAUUACUUAUACUACACACUUAUUAAACGGCAGCGGUCGACCUUUAGUGGUUAUUAGCACGACGAAGCCUAUAUUUGUACGAGGGUGCAGCCUUAGUGCAAGUAUAGACUUAGGAGAGCUAAUAACCAAGUAGGGGCACGUUACAGUUAUUUAUAGUUAAAACAUCUUUUUUAUCCAAUGACAAGCGAAGGAUUUUCAAAAAAGUAACCAACUUAUUUUCAUAUUAUUUUAUAACUGAAAAGAUUGGUCCACUUAAUCAUGAAGUAGUACAAAAUUAAUGAGUAUUCAUUGUUCCGCCUACUAUGGAUUUCCCACAUUCAGGGAGGCGGAGCAACUACCAAAACAGGGACUGCAUAUACAUGAAAUAAUGUGUCUAUGUAAUGAACGGACCAAGUCUAAUAUCAAUUGUGUUGUUUUUUCUGCUGUACUUUCAUAGUUCAAGUUUUACCUUUCUGCACCUUUCACUCUUCGUAUUAUCUCCACGAUUUUAAUACAGCAUUGACCGGGAAGUGCA